UUGGCACAUCCGUGAUUGCGUUUCGUUUUGAAGGUGCGGCUAUCUGUAAGUUCGUUUAGGAGUGUUGUUCGCCGAUUUCUUAUUAGAUUUGUAAAACUUUUGAUUUGUUACGAUGUCUAAAAACACUCUGAGUUCCGCAUUCAGAAAAAUUGACAUAGACCAGUACAAUGAGAACAACUACAAAGAAGAAGAGAGCCUCGAUGCUCAAUCUCCACCGGGUGGACUGGAUGAGCAAGAAGUAAAUCAACUACUUAACCAAGGUAAAAACCUUGAUGCCCUGAAAAUUAUAUUGAAAACUGCUCCAAUUGGUUCCAAGUGCCAGACUGUAAAGGAUGCCGCAUGUGCUCUAGCAAUGCGUGCCCUACUGGGAAUUAAAGCCAGCGACAUCGAGAAGUCCGUCGGUGCGCUAGAUCGAGACUCUAUUGACGUGCUCAUGAAGUACAUCUACAAAGGCUUUGAAAUGCCCAACGAGGGCAGCAGUGGCCACCUCUUGGCUUGGCAUGAAAAGGCUUAUGCAGCAGGAGGUGUCGGCUGCAUAAUCAGAGUGAUGACGGAUCGAAAGAGGGUGUAACGUCCCGAAGAGAAAGACAAAAUAUUCCCGAACGCUCUUGCAGAAGUUUCCAUUACUGUAAGCAAUGUUGCUCACAUCAAAGCACUGCGAAUCUGAUGCACAUGCUUGAGUGUAUAUAUUUAUAUGUAUAUUCUGAAUAUAAAUGCAGGUUAUUGACAAUAAAACAUUGUUUCCACA